AGAAGGAAAGAGGAGAUGUUGCUUGUAUGUGCUGCUCGCUGCUGGGUCUCAGCGAGCGAGGACAGGCAAGGAGAGCGCAUGCGUGUCCUUGCCGCGGCUCUCUGAUCGAAUUCCUGAAGCCUGCUGUGGUGUUUGGGGACCAUCAUGUCGGGUGCGCGCACGUCAAGGACGCACGGCCCGCUCUCGUUGCUGUCUCCUGACUUACUGAGGUAGAGGCGAAGGGAAGCAAAAUGGCGGACAGGUUCUCCCGCUUCAACGAGGACAGGGACUUCCAGGGUAAUCACUUUGAUCAAUAUGAAGAAGGCCACUUGGAGAUUGAGCAGGCGUCCUUAGACAAGCCUAUAGAAUCGGAUAAUAUUGGACAUCGCUUGCUACAGAAGCAUGGCUGGAAGCUGGGCCAGGGCUUGGGGAAGUCUCUUCAGGGUAGGACAGAUCCCAUCCCUAUCGUUGUCAAGUAUGAUGUCAUGGGCAUGGGACGGAUGGAAAUGGAGCUUGACUAUGCUGAAGAUGCUACGGAACGGAGGCGGGUCUUGGAAGUGGAGAAGGAAGAUACCGAAGAAUUGAGGCAGAAGUACAAGGAUUAUGUGGACAAAGAAAAGGCAAUUGCAAAGGCCCUUGAAGACCUUCGAGCCAAUUUUUACUGUGAACUCUGUGAUAAACAGUACCAGAAGCACCAGGAGUUUGACAACCACAUAAAUUCCUAUGAUCACGCCCACAAACAGAGGCUGAAAGAUCUCAAGCAAAGAGAGUUUGCUCGCAAUGUCUCAUCAAGAUCCCGGAAAGAUGAGAGGAAACAGGAGAAAGCCCUCCGGCGUCUUCAUGAGCUGGCUGAGCAGAGGAAACAGACUGAGUGUGCUCCAGGAAGUGGGCCAAUGUUCAGAACCACUACUGUGGCUGUAGAUGAAGAAGGAGGAGAAGAUGACAUGGAUUCAGCAGCUCCCAGUAGUGGCUCAUCCUUCUCACCAGCUUCUGGGCAGGUUACAAAUGUGACCGUGGACAAAAGCAUUGUUUAUACCAGCGGGCAAGCCAGCAGCAACACUGGACUUGGACAGAUUCCUGUCCAGGUGCCACAAACCAUCAGUUUUGGAGUUAACCCUCUUCAGAAGUUAGGUGUCUCUUUCUCAUUUGCCAAAAAGGCCCCUGUGAAGCUAGAGUCUAUUGCCUCUGUCUUCAAAGACCAUGUGGAUGAGUCUGGUUCUCCUGAUGAAAUCAAAGCAGAUGAGGGAGCCCAUUUGGAUUCUGGAAUGUUGGGUAAAAUUGGGGAGGCUGAAGGAGCAAACAGCCCUGACAGCAAGGGAGAUGAAGAGGAGCAACAGCAUGAAAAAGAUGGGGUGGGUCUAAGCACCACACUAUCAAAACUGAAAAAGAUGAAACGGGAAGAUGGGCCAAUGGCAGUAGAGCCAGAAUAUUACCACUACAUCCCACCAGCCCACUGCAAGGUGAAACCCAACUUCCAGUUCCUGCUAUUCAUGAAGGCUACGGAGCAAGUAGAAGCGGAAGCUAUGAGCAAGAAAGCAACUCGUGAAAGAAAGCGGAGCAACUCGCCAAAACCCAAAGUGGCAAAGAACAGUGAGAAGGCUACAGUAGCAGAGUGUGAUACCCAUCAGAAGGAUCUGAGUCCUGCCAACAAAGGCAGCAAAAUGGAAGACAAAGAAAUUCCAGAAGAGGCGAGCAAACAGGAAGGCAAACAGCCCAAGGAACGGAACCCUACAGAGUCAGAUGCUGCUAAAGAGCCUCCCCAGCCUGCACCAAGCAGUAAAGAAGCCACAGAUGGACCCAAGCAUCUAACAGGACCCUUUUUCCCAGUGCUGAGUAAAGAUGAGAGCACUACCCUUCAGUGGCCUUCAGAACUGCUGAUCUUCACCAAAGCAGAACCCUCCGUUUCAUACAGCUGCAAUCCCUUGUAUUUUGAUUUCAAACUGUCUCGCAACAAAGAUGUUAAGGCAAAGGGGGCAGAAAAACAGAAAACUACAACUAGCCUUUCCAAGGAGAAAACCCAGUCGGUCGACGGUGAGGACACAGGCAAGAGCAAAGAGGUGGGUCUCCUAGCUGGCAGCUCCACUUCAGUGUCAGAAACAAAGUCCCUGCCGGCAUGUAGCAAGCGGGAGUCCAGCCCUGUGAGUGCUGGCAAGGGCAAAAGUCUGGAAGAUGGCAGUAAAGGCAGCCUUGUUGGACGCAAAGAUAAAGUGGGGAAAUCCCACAAACACAAAAAGAAGAAGAAGCAUAAGAAGUCCACCAAACACAAACGCAGGCGUAAGAGUGAAGCAGAGGAGAAAAGCAGGGAAGGGGACCUUGCUGAAGAGAAAUCCAAGAAACGGAAGAAACACAAACACAAAAAGAGCAAGCCUGUCUUUCCCACUGAGGCUGAGCGGAUGCAAGGCAUGGAAGAUGCUGGCCACCCCAAGAAGAGCAAGUGGUGCUCUCAAGAUUCCCAGAGGAAGUCUCUCUCUACUGAAGAAGGCAGUAGCAAAAAAGAGGAUAGUGGCACCUCUUCUCAAGAGCACAGCAGCAAAAAACACAAGGGGGACCCACAGCAGGCAUUGUCAACCACAAAGAGGCGGCCUUCUGCACCAAAUUCAGGACGCCCCAGCCACAGGGGCCGACAAAGCAGUGGUGGCUGCGAGAGUGACGAGGACUCCUGCCGCAAACACUUCAGGCCAAAGUCAGCAUCACAGUACAGUGAUGAUUAUGACUCUGGCAGUGACUGCUCACGGAGCCGCUCCCGGUCAGGACAUAGGCAUUCCUCUCGAAGAUCAUCUCAGAGGUCAUACUCAACAAGUUCAUAUGCCUCCUCGGACAACAGCCGGUAUAGCCGGCGGCGGAGCUACUCGGAGGACAGCUAUACAGACUACAGUGACCGCUCGCGGAGUCGCACUAAGUGUUCCCAUGACUCUGAUUCAGACUAUGCCAGCUCCAAGCGCAGGUCAAAGCGGCAUAAGUACUCCUCUUCGGAAGAUGACUACAGCCUGAGCCGGAGUAGAUCCCGGACCCGAAGCAGGAGUCGAACCCAUGGCAGGGGGAGGUCGAGGAUGAGAAGCCGAGGCAGGACGCGCAGCAGCAGCUGCAGCCGCAGCCGGAGUAAGCGGAGGAGCCGUAGCAGAACAGGGCACAGUUGGAAACGGAGCAGGAGCUACAGCCGGGAGCGUAGUCGAAGCACAAGAAGUCUUUCACAGAGAUCCCUUUCAAGAAAGGGAUCUCGAGGCCACGAGAGCUCUGUUGAGAGAAGAUCAGCGCGGCGAGACUUCAUCCGGUCCAAGAUCUAUCGCUCUCAGUCACCUCACUACUUCAGAGCCAGGCAAAACCAAGGGCCUAUGAGAAAGGAGGAAGUGAGAGCAGAUGAAGCUACAGGGACAAGCAGUCUCCCCCCAAAUAGUGGCAGCUCCAUCUUGGGGAGCAACUGUAGUUCUGAGGGGAAGAACUCUGCCACAGCCAAACUUCUUCUGGAGAAGGUUCAGUCCAAGAAGGUGGAAAAGAAGCCCGGCGGUAAUGAAGACUCCCCUGCAGGGCCCCACAAGGUUGGAAUAAAGCUGAAGGACCCCCCACAGGGCUAUUUUGGCCCAAAGCUCCCUCCCUCCCUUGGCAACAAACCUGUCCUCCCCUUAAUUGGAAAACUCCCUACGGUCCGAAAACCAAGCACCAAGCAAUGUGAAGAAGCUGGCUUAGAAAGAGGGGAGGAACUGGAGCUGUCAGAGCCAGACGAAGCAACCCAUGAAAGUGGUGAGGCAGUCCUGGCAAGCCAGCCUCCAGUGGAGGAGACAUUGGUGACAAUCCAGGAGAGUCUUCCAGGAGAUCAGAAACCAGAAGAAGUCACACCAGAGGUGGUACCUGUUCCCAUUGAGCCACCAGAGCUCCCAGAGCACUAUGGCUCUGGGGAUCUGGUCGUGCCCCACAGCUUCCUCUCCGAUCCCACUGAGGGUGAUGCUUUAGAGUCUUUGGACAGUGGGAACCAGCCUGUCGCCAUUGAAGGCAGGAUGGUUCCAUUAACACCAGAUGUCGAGCACUUCCCUGGCUACGUGUCACAGACUGGGGAGCCGAGCAUCGGCGGGGACCAGGAGGGCACCGAGGACUCUUCCCUGGCACCACUGGAGAGCCAACCCAUCACCUUCACUCCCGAGGAGAUGGAGAAGUACAGCAAGCUCCAACAGGCAGCUCAGCAGCACAUCCAGCAGCAGCUCCUUGCCAAGCAAGUCAAGGCCUUCCCUGCCUCAGCAGCCCUAGCCCCAGCCGCGGCCCCUACCCUGCAGCCCAUCCAUAUCCAGCAGCCCACAGCAGCUGCAGCCACCUCCAUCACCACCGUUCAGCAUGCCAUCCUGCAGCAUCAUGCAGCGGCAGCUGCCGCAGCCAUUGGCAUCCACCCACACCCUCACCCCCAGCCUCUCGCUCAAGUGCAUCAUAUCCCUCAGCCUCAUUUGACCCCCAUCUCCUUGUCCCACUUAACCCACUCAAUUAUCCCAGGGCAUCCAGCCACUUUCCUGGCCAGCCACCCCAUCCAUAUCAUCCCUGCCUCUGCCAUCCACCCAGGUCCCUUCACCUUUCAUCCUGUCCACCAUGCUGCCCUCUAUCCAACCCUUCUAGCCCCUCGACCAGCUACAGCUGCUGCUGCCACCGCAUUACACCUCCACCCUCUUCUGCACCCCAUUUUCUCAGGACAGGACUUGCAGCAUCCCCCCAGCCAUGGCACAUGAAGGAAUGAGAAAGCGGCAGCCUUUAUCAGUGUGGAGGGGCAGGGGCAUGUGUGUCUGUGCUUGUGUAUUUAGUUUCUCUCUGAAAGGCACUGUUUGACACAGACUUGAGAAGAGCCAAAGAAGGGAAGAAUUGGGCAGAGAGACUAGGUAACGCAAGAGGCUGCUCCGUGGAAGAAGGGAAAGCUUUGCGGCGAAGAGUUUCUAGGGGCUUCUGCGUCCAGGGAGAGGGCUUAUUCAUCUCUGUAUAGUUCAUUGACAGUUGCUCCCUCCCCCUUUAAAUUUCUGAUUUUCACAUUUUAAAUUUCCCUUCACUCUGAAAACCGAAGUGGGUAAUGCCCAAAUUACCUUGCUUUCAGUAUCUGUAUUUAAUAAAGGCGUGAAAGUAGCCGUUUGGGUCCCCCUUAAAGCUUAACUUGAGCAAGAGAGCCAGCAGACAUUCAGCACCUGGACUAUCCCUUUGUUACUGCCUUCUCCCCUUUUGAGAACCACGCGCAGAAGCCCGCCGAUUGAUGCAAGCAGGAAAGUCGCUUUCUGGUCACCAGUUUCCAGUUUCAGACAGGCUUGGCAGUGCUAUCCUUUUACAUACACACACAAUCUACAAUGCUGCUGAGAGAGAACAGAGAGCAGUCCCUUCAGUCCUUGAAGCAAUAUGGUGGACUAGAGUCCUGUGAACGUCCUGAAGUGACUCUGUAACUUGUACUCUUUCCUCUGUAAUAUUGACGGUUCUUUAUUAACUUAUGAAUUUUUGUUUCAGAAGAAAAAGAAAGUUUAAGAAAUUGCACUGAUCUCUGUACAUGACAAAAUGCUGCUUUUUGUAGCUCCUCUGACAAAUGUUCCAUAUUGGUAGUAUACUGCAAUAACACUUUUUACAGCCCGUUCUUUGAGUGGUACUCGUUCCAGUGGCUUUGAUUAGCUAUACAUUUUGAUGUAGUUGGAAAGAAAACUCUUGUCAAAGGUUCAAAGCUUCUAGUUGCGGCUAGGGUGCAAGAUGGCUUCGAGCAUGUAUAUUUUAUUGAGCUCAAGUUUUUUUUUUAAUGUACUAUAAAAUGGGGGGGGGACUUUCAUUUUACAGGAGAAAAUGUGACAAGAUUUGGAAUAAACAAGGAGCAGUGUUCUGGGCCCCUCUGUAUUGUAACUAAUAAAUUCCAUCCUGUGCAACAGGCAUUCUUUGCAGAUUCAAUGAUAAAAGAGAGCUAAUGGGGCAGCUGAAGUGUUCGCUGCAUGCUGUAUUCAGUAGCCAGGCCACCAACUUGGGAGAAAUGGCCAGUUGGCUCAACAAAGCAGGAGACCACUUUCUAGUCAGAGGAAAAGGAGGGCCCCACAGAAAAUACCCAAAUCCCAGUCAUUUUUCCUGGUCCAACCACUUGUUUUGAGUCAUUAUGCAACAUAGCUUCUUAGUGAGUGUGUGUGUGUGCGUGUGCAGGUUCCUUAUUUUCAAAUAUGUGCCUUUUUAUGUUUUGAAGAGGCUUUGAGUGGUGUGUUUUUGUUCUGAAUCCUCUUCCUCCUCCUUUCUUGGGAUAUUCUUCUAAAAUUAAAGGGUUGCCCUAUCCUUGCAGCUGUCUCUUUGAUAUAGGUGCUGUGUGCCUGGAAAGAAAAGGAAUUGCCCCAUUGCCACUUCCUGGGGUCAGGUCUUUUAAAAAAAGAGAGAGAGAGAGAUUGAGAAUUGCUGCCAGUUAAGCUUAGGUCUCAGUUGAGGGUAGUGUUGUGUACAGAGGGUGGUCUGAUUCCUACACAGUGGUGGCUGUUUGUGACCUGUGUCCAGACCGCAGAGGGCACUGUUAGCCAGUAACCCGAAUCAUUACCUCCACUCCAAAAUUUUGAAAAUAACCACUAUCACUUGCAGCCCUAAAAUGGCCCAGGCUGUAGUCCUCUCUACGCUUCCUUACCUUGUGCUCCAAGAGACUGGCACAGGAAAUGCUGCUCUGACAAAGGGACUCAGUUGUUGGUAGCUGCUGUAAAUAUUCAAAAAAGUAACAGUAUUAAUUUCUCAGUGCUUCAUUCCCUUGAGGUUCAGACUUCAGAUGCAGCACUCCAGUGGGGUGCACAAGGAGACUGGACUUUCACAAGAGUGCUUACAACAAAAAGAACACACUAUUACUUCAGUAUCGGCAGACUAUAUUUAACUUUGUCACAUAAAAGUAUAUAUAUAAAUAUAUAUAUAUAUAUGCUGUAAAAAUGAGGAAAAUAAACUUUAUAAUGAACUAGUAA